AUGUCGAGGCAAACGACGAUGCAGCGGCGCGGCGGCAGCAUAUGGCUGAAGACGCGCAAGCUGAUGGCAAUCUGCCUGGGGGGCGUUUUGUUGUUGUCAAGCGGAAAUGCUUUUGCACAGGCUUUGGACGGAGAGGCUGAAGACGGAGCGGCUGCCGAAGGCCCCUCAGAUACUGAUGUUAAGUGCGACGUCAGUCCGGAUUUACGAGAAACUGGCGUAACGCAAAACCAGGUGACCCUGUCAAGCACCCAUCCCGUCACAACGCUCCUGUGCAUCAAACCAGGGAGCACGAUGGUACCCAAAGGUGCCAAAAGUGUUUGUGAAGCAAAAACAGAUGUGACUGUAGAGAACUGCGAAGAUAAAGGAUGCAGCAGCACUCUGCAAGCGCUGCUUGAGUCCAACCGCGAAGUCCGAUGGACCCAGAUCCCCAUCACGAAGUCGAAGCAAGGCGAGAAGUGGGCACUGAAUCUUGAACAGACGGACUUCCCUUUCACAGAUAAGUCGUUUUUUGUCGGCUGCAAGAACGAGGAGCAUCCGAGUAAAACCUGCAGAGUGGAUGUGACUGUAAAGGCCAGGUCUUCCUCAGUCAUGGAUAACCUCGUCACGUGUGCCUACGGCGCCGAGAGCAACUCUGAGGCGUUGAAAGUCGAGCUGACCGAAGAGACGAGCACGCUGGCUCUCGCGUGUGGCAAGCAUGGAUCUAUCAAUCCUACUACAUACAGCACAAACUACUGCGAGAACGAAAAUUUGACAUCGUGCACGAAGAGCUACAGCGACAUUCUUCCAAACUACUCGUCUGCUUGGUGGGCAGGCAAAUCAGACACGACCGAUCAUGUGAAGCUCACAAUUCCAAAAGGAAGCUUCCCAGCGGAGGAGCAACACUUUUACGUCGGGUGCGUGCCGAAAGCGGCCAAACCAGAGAAGCCUAUCGCGAGGACUACAGGUCCAUCGACUGACACUUCAACCUCUGCCGGCGCAUCGACGUGCAGAGUGAAGGUAACUGUGAAGGCCGCCAGUUCCGCUUCACCUGCAGUUUCAUCUUUGGCUGUAGUGUCUGCAGUCUCUGGUCUCCUGGUUUUGGUGGGGUAUCUGUAA